GAGGAGUUGGGCUACAGUGCCUUCACCGUCUGAAUUUUUGUGUGCUAGUGUUGACGUUAAUGGGCAGCAGUGAUGAGUAUACUAGAUACAGAAAAUCAGAUCACUACUUUGAAUGGUAUCUGCUUCAGAGCUGUCAGUGAACAUUUUAAAGUUUUGGGGACAACAGCGGUACUUCAUCUUCCGAGAGAACUUCUAAAGGGUCUUCUUCCUCAUUUGAACGUGUGUCAGCUGGAUGAACUUCAGCCGGGCCUCAAUCUCAAAGGAAUAUCCACGGCCUCUGAAUGGUUGAAGGUCUACCGGCAAUUGCAGGGCAGGGCCAGCCUGAAGACAUUUGACACGGAGCAAGAUGUGAAGCAAGAAGUCAUGUGGAGGAUGUUUGCAAUGGUCAUCAAUGGCCAAGGCCUACCUCUGAGUGUUAGGAAGCAUUUAAAUACUCCAGACCUUUUGUUGGCAGCGGCUAAAACCAUCAACCAUUUUAAGUUGUCAUUCAGGCGCAACUCAAGGAUCGACUUGAUAGCUGGACAGACGCCUGUUCUCCGUGUUUUAGAGGAGACGGUUACUACACUUUCACUGUGGAUUGCUAAAAGUGUGCUUGGGGAGAAGAGGAAAUUACAGAUGUACAUCAUCCAUCACUUGAUGCAACAUGGCGUCACCAAACAUGUCAUUCUACAUACCAAUGACCAUUACAUCUUGUCUAAGGUGCUGUAUGAAGGAGGAUGUCUGAGCAAACUUUACAGGGAAAACACCUGGAAUGACGACGACGACGACGAAGAAGGCUCCCCAGCAAAACACUUAAAGUUGUACCCAUACGUUCUUUAUGGAAAUGUCCAUACAUGCACCGGGUGUCCAAACAGAGUCAUUGAACAUCUGGAACUGGAGGACUGUUCACUGAGGAGCUUGAGAAACCUGACUAAAAUACUUCCUUCAUGCUCUCGCCUGACUGCUCUAACGGUGCGCAGCAAGUACCCUUUUCAGUUUUCAGAUGUGUUGGACUUCACUAAAGCUCUGAAGCAGCUGUUUCAACACUCUGACGCCUCCCUCAGCCGUCUGUCCAUCUACUCGCUGUCAUACCCGUCUUUGUUGAGCCUCCUGUUGCACGCCUACCCCAGGCUGAUGGAGCUCAAUGUAGAGUUUGAUAACGUGUUUGUGGAGAAGCUGCCGCUUGCGAAGGAUACAAGCGAACUUCCGCUGGAGCACCUGUCAGUCAAAAUGAAUCAGCAGCUGACAGAUCUUGUCUUCCUCUUGUCCGUGUUGAGACGCUGCCCCCACCUGGUCACGCUGCAUGUGAAAGGGAUGCGCCUGCUGACCCCUUACUCUCAAAAGGAACUUCUCACCACGCUGUCAGAGUCUAAUGGCCGCCUGACAAGUCUCGACUUGAUGGACCUGAACUUGUCUGAUUGUUUCCACCAGAUCCUCACCCUGCUGCGAGUGUGCAAGCUGGAAGAGCUCCACCUCCAUGACUGCCGUCUCCUGGAGCGGCACAGCAACAAGCAGCAGGUUUUGUGGCUGUUGGUUGAGGCCCUGAAGGCAGUGCCGUCUCUGCGCAAGCUCACAUUGUCUCAGAACCGUCUCGCUUGCAACGUCCACGUGGUGGCAGAACUCUUCUCUGGACCAAUGCCAAGCUCAUUGGAAUACCUCGAUCUCCGCCUAAAUUUCAUCCAGCCAGAUGACCUGCUACACUUUGCUGAGGCCUUAACACCACACCCUCCACCGCACCGCCUCACCCUCAACCUCACGUACAAUAUGGGAGUCCGAGACAAAGACAGGUGGAAUGCUGCACUGGACAAGCUCCGCCCAUUCUGUCAGCUGGUGUCCGACGAUUGGGAUUCCAGCAACAUGAUGGCCGACCACAUUAGCAACAUGUGACAAGGCAAGGAGUCAGCAAAGAUCCUGAGAGAUCCUGUCAUGACGUCAGUGUCAAGAUGAGACCACAUUACACAACCGGGAAGGCACAACCAAAUGCAGUAUAUUAGAGAGCAAUACAUGAGACUAAUUACUUAAAGAAAAACUGCACUUUUUUUGAAAGUUUGCCUAUCUUAUGUGAGGCAUUACGACACAAGUCUUUGUCUUUUCUGUGUGUUGUGCAGAUAUAAAAACUGCUAAAAAGAGGCAGCUAACUCAUGCACAUAAGGGGACACACCUUUUCCUCCUGCAACGCCCGCUAUUAAAACACCUCCAAAAACUUCCAACAAUAUUUAAUAAUUUUUUAUCCAUGCUGUAACUAUGUAGUAACAGGACAUUCACUAUAACAUGUAAUUAGCCAGACUUUGGUCAUUUUAAGCAUUACCAGAACUUCCUUCCUGGGCGCACUGAUUUCACAUAGCAGUAUAGAAACGAACGCUACAUAUAGCAUUAACUUUUCCAACCUCAAAAACAAAAACACAGCAAUAGUAGUGGCAGCUCCACUAUGUAGCGUUACCCUUGGUAGUGGCCUGAGGCGUUGUGAGCAUGGCAUGAUGAGUGAGUGUGUAGUGAAGCUAGUUGGCUAGUAGCUAGCCGGUAUGUUGUGACAAGGUGUCACUAUGUGAAUAAAGUAGUUGUUUGGCAUAACAAUGCUAAUAACGAUAAUGUCGCUGUAGCUUCGUUAAUAUGCAGGUGACAUUAUGUAAAUGGACCGCUGUUGGUCGUUUUUGGAGGGUUUUUUCAGAAGGCUUUAUAGGCAGAAUAGUUGCAUCCCAUUACUUGCAUUCUUAGCUGCCUCUUUUUUGCUGUUUUUAUAUCUUUAGAACGCACACAAAAGACAAAUGUGUGUCCAUGUCUCACAAAAGCAUUGUGGAUGAUGGGCAAAAUUAACAAAAAAGUGCAGUUUUUCUUGACUACGUCUGUAGUACACCAUGUUAGAUGGCAGGAUCCCCAUCUAGUACACUUUGAAGAUGUCCUCAGCACACGGCUCAACGAUUAAUUGCUCAAAUAGACAGCCCAAACGACCAAAUUUGUCAUUUUUCAAGUUUGCCAAAAACAAAGACAGGUAUGUGUCAUCAAUACGUUGAAGAUUUAUAACACUAGUAGUUGUAAAUAAAUGGCUGCUUUGUUGUUCGUUUAUGUUCCAUAAUGUUCAAUUUCUAUGAUUUCUUGUACUUGCUGCAUCAAGUUCAUGCAGCCAUUUCAUGUAAGAAUUGUCAUUUGUGGUUUAGAAGUGUAUUUUUUUUUUUGUAUGUUGCUUGAAAAGCAUUGAUAACACAAUAAUGAAGGAAAAAAGUUAAAUAAAGAAGAAGAA